GUCUACAAUGGCACCGAGCUCUACCAUUACAUCGACGGGUUUGACACGAAUCGCAGCAAUUGGAUGCGCUACGUCAACCCAGCGCACUCGCUCGCUUCGCAGAAUCUCAUCGCCUGUCAGUACAAGCUCGACAUCUACUUCUACUCGGUGCGUCCGAUUCCGGCGAAUACGGAGCUCCUCGUCUGGUACUGCCGCGAGUUCGCCGAGCGACUCAACUACCCGCUGACGGGAGAGCAGAUGGUCGAUAAACUAAAGGAGAACGUCUAUCCGGGGGAAGACCAGGAACAGGUGGUGCCACGGCGGCAGCCUUCCUCCCAGCUCCUCCCCGCCUCCUACCAGUCAACCUCCGGCCAGCCGAGCAGCGACGCCUACUACAGCGCCGGCUACGGAGGCGCCACCUACCGGCCGAGCGGCGACGACUGCGCGCUCGACCUCAGCAAGAAGGCGGACGACGCGCGGCAGGUGGCGCCCCCGCUGCGCCCGACGCCGCACUACGCCGUGCGACGCUUCGACGGAGAGCCGGCCGCCCAGGGGGAGCCACCGGAGAAGCGGGCGCGCACCGAGCCGCCGCCGCUGCCAGCGGGCGCGGGGACGGUGGCGCCACCUCCCGGCGGCGCGCGGUCGCCGACGAGCGCGACGCACGGCUACGUCAACCUCAAGAAAGACAUAAUCGGCAAGCUGAACGGUCGCUUCGCGCAGCCGCCGACGCCGCCCCGCA